AUGUCGCUCUUGCAUUUGUUCGGUGUUCGGUAUGUCUCUUCAGCUCGACAUGAUCCUGUUCAGCUUCGUCUAUCUUCGUUCCAGAUGCAAGACGCCUGCGCCACAGAAUACCCAUCCCCAGACAGAGAGCUGAACGAGGCCGACAUCGUUAAGCCUCAACCCGGGUUCGACCCAAACCUGCAAACUAGACUGUGA